CAGGUGCUGCUCCUGCUUCAAGUUGCUGUUGAGACAGAGUCCGGUUCCUCAGUUCUUUCUCUCUAGUUGGACAAAAUGAGAGGGAAAUAUAAAAGAAGGAACUCCAGCGACGGAGGUGACGAGACGGCUGACGUCGUCAAGGGGCUCUCUCGGGAAACCGCGGCGGGCCUGACGGAGCCUGACACACCUUUCCCGGGCUUCACCAAGGGUGCAAGACGUGCCAUGUAUGACAGUGAGAAGGUCUACCUCGGAGUUCGUGUCAAAAUGCCAGUGAGGGAUCUACUGAGAAACAAGCGUCUAGCCCAAGGCUGGGAACCUCAAGAUUCUAAGGAGACAUUCAGCAAAACAGUCAAAGGAGACAAGAAACGUGUCAAAACUCGUGCAGGACACCAGACCACCAAGAAAAAACAUCCAACAAAAAGCCUGGAGGAGCUGGCAAUCAUCGUUGAGGUGCUGGAAGAGGAUCUUAGGACCAGCAACACCCGCCACUCCCCUUCUCAACCUCUGUCCUCUAACCCCCCAGUGUCCCCUGCGCUGUCUCCAGCUGGGUACAACAGUGACGAGUCUGAUGAAAUGAUCCCCAGCCCACAGUCCUACAUGUCGUACUCACUGGGCACAGUGGAGUACCACCAGGCCCCGUCGCCUCUCGGCAUCAUGCACACCAGCCUUCAGCCUUCCAGCAUCGCAGGUGGUAAAAGAGACAGUGGAGGAGGGGAGGAGCAGUUUGAUCCCCAGAACCACAACUGGAACAUAAACAGCUCUGCGUUCUUCUGGGCCCAGCUGCAGAAAGAAGAGAACCAGUUGAGGAACAUCUCUGAUGCAGCCCUACUGGCCACAGAUGAAGAUGGCAGAACGGCUCUCCAUAAAGUAUCAUGUGUCGGAAAGAGGGCACUGGGCUACGCCAUUGCUAAAAGGAUGGCCGUACUCAACAGCCUGGACCUUAAAGACUCUGACGGAAUGACCGCCCUGCUGCACGCAGCGAAUCACAACCAUCACCUCAUGGUGGCAGAUUUGAUCUGUUUGGGGGCCAACGUCAAUGAGACGAACAAUUCAGGAAAGUCCUGCCUGCACCUGAGCGCUGAGAAAGGCUACAUCCGAGUCCUGGAGGUUCUAAAACACUCAAUGAUGGAUGGUGUGUAUGUCGAUGUCGAAGCCACUGAUAACUGCGGAAUGACCGUCCUCCAGUGUGCCUCAGUAGCUCUGAAGGCCACAGUAUGUGAGCUGGAGAGCAGUAAAUCCCCCAGUCACACCAGACUCCAAACCCUCCGCCAAGAGCAGAUGAUGGAGACCCUGGAGAUUCUGCUGCACAUGGGCUGCUACUUUCUCACCAUGAUGCGGCACCCUGGAGGCUGGAGCAUGCAACCUAGAAUUGGUUGA